UUCACUGGAAUAGUACAAUUCUGGCAUAAAUACUGUGGUCUUCUCUUUGAUCCUCGUGAAUCAUCAAAGCCGUCCUACAGCCGUUAUUCCAGGAAAUGCUGCAUAGCCUACACUUCUCACACAUUAGUGGUCAUUCUCACCUUAUAUGUGUCUAUAGGUCGUAAUGAGCCACUGAAGAAAGACAAGCUGAAGUGGAAGAGCGAUUACCCCAUGACGGAGGGCCAGCUCCGCAGUAAGAGAGAUGAGUUUUGGGACACGGCUCCAGCGUUCGAGGGGCGCAAGGAGAUCUGGGACGCCCUGAAAGCUGCCGCUGUGGCUCUGGAGUGUAACGAUCAUGAACUGGCUCAGGCUAUCGUGGACGGAGCCAGCAUCACUUUACCACACGGAUCGCUGACCGAGUGUUACGACGAACUCGGCAACCGAUACCAGCUACCCGUUUAUUGCCUGGCUCCUCCUGUCAACCUGAUUUCGGAAAGAAGUGAGGAAGAUCUAUCGGACAACACUGAGCCCCCGACGACACAGAAGAAAGAGUUCCAGCUGAAGGUGCGGCUCUCCACCGGCAAAGACCUGCGUCUGAACGCCAGCAUGACCGACUCCAUCGGCCUGCUGAAAAAGCAGCUACAAGCUCAAGAGAACAUUGAGCUGGCUCAGCAGCGCUGGUUCUUCUCUGGAAAGCUCCUCACAGACAAGACCCGCCUGCAGGACACCAAGAUCCAGAAGGAUUUUGUCAUCCAGGUCAUCGUGAACCAGCCGACACCAAACCAAUAAGACGGAGCGGACAAAAGGGAUAAAGGACCAAACCACAACAUCUGAAAGAGCGUCGAACCAUAAAACGUUUUGCACAAAAAUGAAUCAAGACAAGCGUCUUGAUCCUGCUGUUUUAAAAUGCUCACAGCUGUAAUCGAACAUCUGGAAAAACGAAUAAACCAAAUGCAACGGAUCGCAUCUGUACUGACUUUGAGCAGAAGUGCCAACGUGAAUUCUGUAGCGAAGCACACUGAUUUGAGUCUCUUGAUUAUGCAUAUCCUGCAAAAUACCUUUAUGAUCCUCUGGAAGUGAUCUCCCCUCUUUUAAGCUGCGUGAACUUCACAUGAGCUUCAUUUUGCACACUUGAGUAUCUUAGAAUAGUCGUGCCUUCAAACAAGAGUAGAUGGUUCCUAAAUGCUGUUUUUAUUUCGCUUGCGUUCGGUCACUUUCACAGGCUUAUGACGUCUGGCGUCUUUGAGCACAACACGGUGCUUUUCUAUGCAAUCUCAAAACCGGAAAAAGACGCUGAUAUCGUUCAUCCGAUGCUCGCUGGAGGCCGGUGACGCGAGGCAGUGCUUAAACGCUCGCUGUGUAAAUGGAGUGCACAAAGACACAUUAAACACACAGCGACGCCACACAUCUUCAUCGGCCUCCGUGCCCUGUAGAUUACAGAUCAUCGUGUAGAUGAAACCGUACUGCUGCCUCCUCUAAGAGAAGAAUGGACACACUAUCAGUUUAAUGGCUGUUCGACUUCCUCUUCCUCUUUUAUAGUGCUGUUAUGUUGUAAGCGCUCAGGCUGCAAUCAGAUAUUGCUAGUAUUUUGAGAGAUUAUAUUCUGUACUAUUCCGAUCUUUACCUUGCUUUUCUAGUAACUUGGAGUAAGACUUUCUACUGAUUCUUAAACCUUUAUCAGUGGCAUUACGAGGGUGUUAUAUUUUGGUUAUAAUUUAGCAUCACUUUAAGAAUGCAUUCUGUAACAUGUUCACAAACGUUUCUUGUACUAAAGGUUUUCUGCUCUUGAUUAUAACACCGUGUGACUCUCAGCGCACACCACACUGGUUAGAAACAGCUCAUUACCUCACUAGCAACUGUUCCUCAUUAGUCUAAGUCUCUGGCGUGCUCGUUACAUGUUUCUCUUGUAUCACGCUAUUUCUUCUGCGCUGGGUUACUUUCUUUCUUUUGUUGUUUUUGAGCAUUUUUUCUUAUAAACAAAUAGAUUAACCUUUUUGGAUGAGAGAAAUCACAUUCAUUUAUCAUUGCAAAUUCCUGCAAGUUUCAGUCACUAUGCAAAUUGCAUCGUUUUGCAUUCAAGUAAUAUUCCAGGAUAAUACAAGUUAAACUGUAUCGAAACCUCUGUAUUGCAUCUACGACAAAAAAUUAUUUCCAUAAUUAAUAAACUCCAUAAUUUAAUGUUUAUGCACUUGCAAA